GUAUUAUUAUUGUUCUUUCGACUAGCGCCGUAUGAGCGCUCGGCGUCAGAUCUCAGCUCUGCUCGUACUUUUCUACGAGGUUCGUUUCCACGCGCUGCCAGAUUUCAAGUCUCCUGUGAAGAAGUGUGGGUCAUGCAGACAAGUUCAGGCACAAGUUAAGGUGUGGCGGCCGCCGUGAGCAGGAGACCGCUGCUAAACUCUGUGGAACUUAGUUGCUGUUUUAUGUCGUCAUUGAGCGGGAGGCGUCCAGUUGAACGUUUAGAGUUUCUUAAGGAAGAGAGAACGAGCUUUACAGCAGCGGACCCAGCCGGAGCCUCUGUCUGACGGGACCAACGUCAGCGCCGCUGCCGCCGUGCCUUCACUUCAUGCUGCUCGUGUGAACAUGGAGAGGGGUGGUUCUGGCAUGGUUUAAUGGCAGAGAGGUCAAAGAGCACCUAAAGUGCUUCCACCAUCACUUUGGCUUUUACAGUCAUUGGGGCACAAACACCUUCACUCAUAUAAAAAUGGCUUCUUAUUCAGUUAACAUGCGCAGGUUUAGUUCUGAGGGAUCCCUUCUGGAUCUUGAUUUCCUUCCCUGGAAGACAGUGGCACUCAACAACCCAGGUUAUAAUAAAAAGCAGGAGUCCGUCAGCUACACACUUGAAGUGAAAGAAGAUGCGAUCGAUGGGAGGCCCAGAGAAAGCAUUGACGAGGCAGGAAGGAGGGAGCUGACCAAGGAGCACAGUGUCAGUGUGGAGAACAUAUGCAAGCUAGGGAAACAGGACCAGAACCACCUCAGCGUGUGCUCCAUAAGUGAAGGGUGCAGGGCGUACAGCGACAGCCAGCUGUCAGCAGCCGCCCAAGGCAGCACAGACAGCAUAGAGAAGUGUGAUCUGCCUCUACCUUCACCCUCUUCACCCAUCAGCCCCUUCCCCUUUAAAUCCCACAACAGGCACCACCCCAGACUGGCAGCUGCUAAACUGCACCUUAAGAACCUGUUUGUACAGAGCAAUCAUUCGUCAAACCCUAACCUGUUCCCUACAGAACAUACAGACAGCGCCAAGGAGAGGAGGUCUCGCCUGCUCUUCAUGCGUCAGUGGAGUCAGGUGGGUCACAGUAAGAAGCGGCGGUUCAGUCGAGAGGAGCUGGAGAAGUGGGCCGAGUCUCUGAAUGCUCUGCUGGCCAGCCACACUGCUGUUUCGGUGUUUGGAGCGUUCCUGCGUUCAGAGUUCAGUGAGGAGAAUUUGCAGUUUUAUCUGGCUUGUGAGCAAUACAAGCAAUCAUCCAACAACUUCAGCCUGCAGCGAAGGGCCAAGAACAUCUGUACCACCUACAUCCAACCAGGCGCUCCCCGCGAGGUGAACCUGGACAGUAAGACCAGAGACCUGACCAUCCAGCUGCUGCAGGCUCCCUCUCUCACAUCUCUGUCUCAUGCACAGAAACGCAUCUACUCGCUCCUGGACACAGACUGUUAUCCUCGCUUCCUCCAGUCCACCAUCUACCUCACUUUACUCAGAGAGGCCGACUAAAGGUGACAUGUUGGCGACAUACUUGGACUCUGGAGGAACAGAAGGGACUUUUUUUUGUGACCAGAACAUUUGCAUCUGUGCCAUGUUAUUAUGGAGCAAUUAGUGAUACUCCUUAAACUGUGUGUAGAAAUGUAAAACACCUAAAUUAAUAGUUUGAAAUACUAAAUUUGUGUGUCUGUGUCUAGAAGGCAAAAUUUAAAUAAAGGUGACAAUCUCAAAACAAAACAG